AUGAGCAACAACCAACAGCCCCAGUCUCCCCGCCAUUGGCAUGGCACUGUCGGUGAUCGCUACGAGCAUCUCAAUGUCUGGGUGCGAGGAGGUCCUCCUGAGACCUACCGCCGUCCUUCGAUCCCUACUACCACCGCUGCCACUGCCACUUCCGACAGACGCGGCUCUGAUUCAUCGGAUAUGUCUUCCAACUCUGCCAAUCUGAGCAACAGCCCUCCCCCCAGCGUUGGGGAUAGAAGACGCUCAACCGGCCAUGGCGCGUCCAGCCUGUUUGAGAGUCUGACAAGCCAGAAGCGCAACUCUACGGACCAGACUUUCAAUACACGCCGUGAAAGCUGGAACGAGCAGGGACAGCAGGGCGGAUUCUUCGCCAAGUGGUGGGAUGGAUACACGAGAGGAGGUAGUAAAUAA